AUGUGCGCGACGGAAGUAAAAAGAUCAUCUCCACCGUUAAGUAAGGAGCGCCUUAGGCAAAGUCGCGGGAGGUUUUGUCGAAAAAGCGUCCUCGGUUGGACUCGGACGUUUGGCCGUCGGAACGAUUCGGCGGCGGCGGUGCGGUGUACAAAGCCUCGGGAAGUUUGA